GCCUCUCACUCACUCGUAUAAAAAGACACACCCACCCGGCCCAAUCCUCCCAAUCCUUUUCUUUUUCAAUCACACUUUCUUUACCAAAAGAAUACACACAUCCUCAGCUACAAAAACUAAAAGGGAUACUCUCAUACUGCUCUCAAUAAACAAAGGAAGCUUAUAUCAUCGAUCUAAAUGGACUCAUCAAUCAAGUCCUUCAAGGGCUAUGGCAAGGUAGAUGAGAUUGAAGAGCAAGCAUUCAAGAAAAAGACACGCAAGCGUUUGAUUAUCGUCAUCAUCUCCUCCAUCGUUCUAUUAGCUCUUGUCAUUGGUGUAGUUGCUGGAACCAUUAUACACAAACGAAACAGUUCAUCAUCACCCUCAUCUAACCCAGUCCCAGCAACCGAAGUAACCCCAGCAGCUUCACUCAAAGCCGUGUGCAGUGUGACUCAGUACCCAAACUCAUGCUUCUCUAGCAUCUCCUCCUUAGAAACCGCAAACACCACCGACCCAGAAGUCCUUUUCAAGCUCUCUUUACACGUAGCCAUCAACGAGCUCUCCAAGCUCGCCAACAACAUACCCUCCAAGCUCACUGCUAUCACCAAUGACCCCAAAGUGAAAGAAGCUCUAACCGUUUGCCAAGGCCUUUUCGAAGACGCAGUGGAUAGACUCAAUGACUCUAUAUCUUCCAUGGAAGUUGGAUCAGAUGAUAAGCUGUUGUCCUCUGCUAAAAUCAAUGAUAUAAAGACAUGGCUAAGCACUACAAUCACUGACCAAGAGACCUGCUUGGACUCUCUCCAAGACCUCAAUUCCACGGUUCUUGAUUAUAUGAAGAUAGCCACGAAAAACUCAACUGAGUUUACAAGCAAUAGUUUAGCCAUUGUUGCAAAGAUACUGGGCUUACUUGCUGACUUUAACCUUCCCAUCCAUCGUAGGCUACUUGGGUUCGAAGAAUCUGAAGGUUCAGAUGAAUUUCCCACUUGGGUUAGCCACAGAGACCGUAGGCUACUCCAGGAGAUUAACGUGACUGCUCAUGUGACUGUGGCUAAGGAUGGAAGUGGGGACUAUACGAGUAUCAGCAAGGCAGUGGAGGCUGUGCCUAAAAAGAGUGAAACGAGGUUUGUGAUACAUGUGAAGGAAGGGAAGUAUGUGGAGAAUGUGGUAAUGGACAAGAGCAAGUGGAAUGUGAUGAUGUAUGGGGAUGGUAAGGACAAGACCAUUGUCUCCGGCAGCUUGAACUUCGUGGAUGGUACUCCAACCUUCUCCACUGCCACCUUCGCUGUUGUAGGGAAAGGCUUCAUUGCAAGAGACAUAGGGUUCGUUAACGAUGCAGGUGCAGCAAAGCACCAAGCAGUAGCAAUGCGGUCUGGCUCAGAUCUUUCUGUGUUCUACAGGUGCAAAUUUGAUGCCUUUCAGGACACCCUCUAUGCUCACUCAAACCGUCAGUUCUACCGUGAAUGUGACAUUACAGGCGCCACUGACUUCAUCUUUGGCAACGCAGCUGUGGUCUUCCAAAGCUGCAAUAUUAUGCCUAGGCAACCUCUAGCUAACCAAUUCAACACCAUCACUGCCCAAGGCAAGAAAGACCCAAAGCAAAACACUGGCAUUUCAAUCCAAAAAUGUACCCUCUCUCCAUUUGAUAAUGUCAUAGCCUCAACAUACCUUGGUAGGCCUUGGAAAGCCUACUCCACCACAGUUAUUAUGCAGUCUGAAAUUGGGUCAUUCUUAAACCCAUUGGGCUGGAUAUCUUGGGUCACCAAUGUUGACCCACCUAGCACUAUUUUCUAUGCUGAGUACCAAAACACUGGCCCAGGAUCAACUGUAGACAAAAGGGUUAAAUGGGCUGGGUAUAAGCCCACUCUAACAGUAGAUGAUGCUACCAAGUUUACUGUGGAAUCUUUUAUACAGGGCAGUGAAUGGUUACCAGACACCGACGUGAAAUAUGAUGAAUCCUUAUGAUCUGAACAAU